AUGAACCUGUUUGCGACCUGGGAGAUCGACCGGUCCUCUCCGAGCUGCGUCCCCAGGUUGUGCAGUCUGACUCUGAAGAGGCUGAUGGUUUUGAAGGAGCUGGACAGAGAGCUCAACUCCGUCGUCAUCGCUGUUAAAAUCCAGGGCUCGAAGCGGAUUUUGAGAUCCAACGAGUACCUUCUUCCUCCAGACGGCCUGAUGGAAACAGACCUGGAGCUCACCUUCUCUCUGCAGGUGAUGCAGCAUCCGACAGACGGAGCCCACAUCCUCGGUCUCCAUAGCAACCUGAAGGAUGCUUCUGUGCGUUCAGCGGAGCUGAGCGUCCAUUCUCUCUCCAGCCAGCCAAUCGAACAGGAGGACACAAGCGGUCACCAUGGUAACAAGACCAAGGCCUCAGAUCGAUCUCCUGACAUGGAGAAUUACUGGGAGGACGAUGACGACAGCUUCUCCUCCGAACAGGAAGGAAGUGAUGAUGCAGUCCCCCCUCAGGACAUAUAUGAUGAUGAUGAUGAUGUCCACGGAAAGAUAAAAAAGUCGCACAGGAAAAUCCAAAGAGCCUCUCUGACGCAGCAACCAAACUUCAAACAGAAGUUUGUGGCUCUUCUGAAAAGAUUCAAAGUCAACGAUGAGGUUCUGGACUCAGAUCCGGUGGGUCAGUGUCGGGAGGCUGAGGAGGACCUGGAUCUCCUGUACGACAGUCUGGAGGUUUACAACCCGAGUGAUAGUGGCCCGGAGCUGGACGACAACGACAGCAUCCUCAGCACGCCCAAACCCAAACUCAGGCCUUUCUUUGAGGGGGUUUCUCAGUCCAGUUCUCAGACUGAGAUCAGGAGUCUCAACAGCCAGAGGAGCCGACAGACAGAACAAACUGCAGCUGCGGCCGAGCUGCCGUCUCCUGGAGCUCAGAGGACUCGAUUCCCAGAGGAGUCCAGAGGAGAGGUGGCCGGCCCCGGGGAAGUUGAGGAUGAUGUUGCCAUGGGAACAGAUGCAGGCCCAGCUGCUAAACUCAGUAAAACUGAGUCCCAAACACACAUGUCACCAAGUAAGACAGGAAGCCAGCUGUCUCGCCAUCCUUGGAGCGUCUCCAUGAAGGACAGACAGAAUUCUAGAGGGACAGACAGAACCAGCAGUGUCGACAGUGAGACAUCGUCUGACUACAGGAUCCCUCCUCCACAGGUCGCCAGGAAGUCGGUCCUGGAUCAGCUGAACCACAUCCUGUUCUCUGAUGAUCUGAUUCCUGAUUCCAUCAUCCUGAUCAACACCACAGACUGGCAGGGACAGUAUCUGUCAGAGCUUCUCUUCGAUCAGCCAAUCGUCUGCACUGUCUCAUCAGCUGAUGUUCAAGCCGCCUUCAGUGCCAUCAUCAGCCGGAUCCAGAGAUUCUGUAACUGUAACUCCCAGACGCCGCCCACCGUGAAGGUGGCGGUGGGCGGAGAUCAGAGCUACCUCAGCACCAUCCUCUGCUGCUUUGUAGAGCAGCUGGCCAGCAAGACGCCUGAUUGGCUGAACUACGUCCGCUUCCUCAUCCUCCCUGUUGGAUCCCACCCGCUGGCCAAGUACCUGGCCGCCCUGGACAGUAAAUUCAACAACCUGUUCAUGGACGCCAGCUGGAGGGAGCUGUUCGGACGUCUGGAGCCUCCACCUCUUGACCCUGUCGGCGUAGCAACCCGAGUGUCUCAGUAUCUGACCGGAGCUGCUGUUUCUCACCUGUGUCCCAUCUCAGAGGCCAUGCUCACCUGCAAACACAAGAGCCCCGACGACGACUCCUGUCAGAAGUUUGUUCCUUUUAUUGGGCUGGUGAAGGUCGGCAUUGUGGAGCAGAACUUCCUGUCCACCUCAGUUGACUCUGAUGACAUCAUACUGGGAUCUCCUCCCUCCCAAUCAGGAGCACCGAUCAGCAUCACCUCCACACCUCCUCCCUCCCCCUCCACCAGCUGUCCGGGGGAGGUGAUGGGUCUGCAGGUGGACUACUGGAGCGGUCAGGGAGGAGGAGGCGCAGGAGGAGGAGGAGGAGAGCGGAGGAAGGACAUGGGGAUGAAGAACACUUUGAAGAGCAACUUUCGCAGUCUGCAGGUGUCGAGGAUCAGUGGAGGAGAACUGAUGAGCAUGACGGUGGUGACCAAAGAGAAGAACAAGAAAGUCAUGUUCCUCAGUAAGAAGACGAAGGAGAAGGAGGCGGAGUCAAGGAGUCAGCUGAUCGAAGGAAUCAGCAGAUUGAUCUGUACCUCCAAACACCAACACACACUGAGAGUCUCUAUAGACGGGGUUGAGUGGAACGAUGUGAAGUUCUUCCAGCUGGCAGCUCAGUGGCCGACUCACGUCAAACACUUUCCUGUGGGGAUCUUUAGCUACAACAAACCCUGAACCCACCACAGCAGCAUGAGCCCUGAACCCACCACAGCAGCACUA